UUUGCGGCAUUGUGGGUUUUGAAUGGAGAGCUGAGAAGAUGUGUAGCAAUGUAGUUGUAGGCCUUCCUUCCCCUCCAAAUCUUAACGGGACUCUUUCUUCUCCAACUCCCACUAAUACUUCGCAGAACGCAAAGGAUGGAGACCACUUGGUAAUGAACCACACUGGGGUUGGUGGUGGGUAUAAGUGGCGUUUGGUUAUUGCUUAUGACGGCACCCGCUAUGCAGGAUGGCAAUACCAGAGUUCACCUCCUACAAUACAGUGCUCUGUGGAGAAAGUUCUAAUGCAAGCAACAAAGCUGGAAAGGAAGGAUCUUAGUUUGGUUGGUGCAAGUAGGACAGAUAAGGGAGUACAUGCUUGGGGUCAGGUUGCACACUUUGUCACACCUUUCAACUACGACAGCAUAGAUAGCAUUCAUGCAGCUCUCAACGGUCUUCUUCCUUCUGAUAUUCGAGUGAGGGAGAUCAGCCCUGCAGUGCCCGAGUUCCAUGCUCGUUUUUCAGCAAAAAGCAAAAUUUAUCAUUACAAAGUAUAUAAUGACACAUUCAUGGACCCAUUUCAGCGUGACUAUGCUUACCAUAGUGCACAUAAGCUAAACCCCGCGGUUAUGAGAGAAGCUGCAAAGUAUUUUAUUGGAAAGCAUGAUUUCUCUGCUUUUGCCAAUGCCUCCCAGAAAGAACGAGUGCGAGAUCCAGUAAAGAAUAUAUUUCGUUUUGAUGUCAUUGAAAUGGGGGCUCUUUUACAACUAGAAGUUGAAGGGUCGGGCUUCUUAUAUCGACAAGUCCGGAACAUGGUCUCUCUGCUGCUUCAAAUUGGGAGGGAAGCACUGCCUCCUUACAUUGUUCCCAUGAUAUUGGCAACACGAGAUCGCAGGGAACUUGCUAAAUAUGCCAUGUUUGCUCCACCUCAUGGGCUAAGUCUUGCGACAGUCAAGUAUAACGAGGAGCAUCUAAGGCUUCCAUCUGGUUGCUCCACGACCAGUUUUGGCAGGCAUUAUACCAUAGGAUCAUGUAAGCUUCCAUUCUACUAAGAAUUUAAGAAUUUCAUUUGUACCAAAACAAUAAACAAAGAACCAAUAACAUGAGUAUUCAAGAAAUGGUGUGACCAGAGGAUUUCUAUCUG